AUGGAUCAAGUGGGAGUCCCAUGGCUCUUGUUAGAGCGAUGGUGGCUGUGUUUGCUUCAACGAGUACCAUUUUCUCCCACGGAUUCAUCCACUAUUCUCAGGAAGCUUGUGAAUGACAAGAACGCGAGGGCGGCGGAGAAAACUGCGUUACGUGACCUAGGUGGUGAGUGUGGGCCGAUUCUCACCGUGGAAACCGCCCUUUGA